GAACUGUGCUCUAUUCUUACUUUCGCUUGCAUUCCCUGGGCUGCGCUGACUAUGUCAGGAGUUCCUAUGCUGUUUCAUAGCUUCCAUCUCUGUGAAGGGGAAUAAGCUGACUGCAAAAUUGCUCUUGUCUAACAACUGAGAGCAUCAAUGGCUGCCCGAAAAAUGUCUGACAUUAGGGUGGUGAUGCUGGGCUUUAGAGACGCAGGGAAGAGUUCAGCAGGAAACUUCAUCCUCGGGGGACAGCACUUCCACUGUAGGACAACGGUUCAGCGUGUUAAAGGAGAGGGAGACGUGGCUGGCAGACUUGUCACUGUCAUUAAGGCUCCGGGUUGGGGAAGGGAGCAACCUCUCAAAGACACCUCUGAGCUCAUGAAGGAAGAAAUUACUCUCAGUGUGUCUCUGUGUCCUCCAGGACCACACUCUGUUCUCUUAGUCAUGCGCGCAGGCAUGAGAUUUACAGAAACCAGCCGCAGAGCAGCACAGGAGCAUGUGGAGCUUCUAGGCGACAGAGUAUGGAGUCACACCACAGUGCUCUUUACACAUGGAGACUGGCUGGGGGAGAGGAGCAUUAAGGAGUACAUCGAUAGUGAGGGGAAAGCCCUCCAGUGGCUUGUAGAGAAAUGCGGGAACAGGUAUCAUGUCUUCAAUAGUGAAGACGAGGCCAACAAAGCUCAGGUGUCAGAGCUGUUUAAGAAAAUAGACGAGACAGUAGCAGGGAAUGGUGGUCAUCAUUAUGAAAUAGAUGCAAUGACACUGAAGGCAAUAGAGGAGAGAAAGACUAGAGAGAAAAUGAGAGCAGAGCAGAUGAAGAGUAAGCUUGGGGGGCAGAGAGGUUACUUGAGUUCAACAGGAGGUGAUGCCAAGCCUGUGGGGAGGACCAAGCCUGCAUCCAGACACUCAACAGGUGUCUCUAAAGAGCUGAAGAUGGUUUUACUUGGUCACACGGAUGCAGGGAAGUCUUCUGUAGGGAACAGUUUGGUAGGCAGAGAGGCCUUUGAUUCAGAGAAUACAGUGCAGUCUGUGAAGGACCAGGGUGGGGUGGCAGGGAGGAAAGUCACCGUGGUGAUCACCCCGGGCUGGGGACGGGAGCAGCGUCUUAGCGACACUCCUGAACUCAUCAGACAAGAGAUCAUGCAUAGUGUGUCUCACUUUGAUGAAGGACCUCAUGCUCUGGUCUUGGUUUUACAUGUGGAGAAGACAUUCACAGAGUUAAAUCGAAGCGCAGUGCAAGAUCACAUGGAUCUCCUAGGUGCAGGAGUAUGGGACCACACACUGGUUGUGUUCAACUGUGGGGAUGGAUUGAAAGAUGCCUUUAUUGAGCAGUACAUUGAGAGAGAAGGGAAACCCCUCCAUUGGCUUUUAGAAAAAUGUGGGAACAGGUAUUGCAUCCUUAAUAAUAAGAAUAGACCAGAUGGUUCUUUUGUCAAAGACCUUCUGGAAGUUGUUGAUAGGGUGGUAGCAGAAAACGGUGGCUGUCAUUAUGAGAUGGAGAAAGGGGUCUUACAGGAAGUAGAACAAAAGAGAAGGGGAGAGGUGGAGAGAGCAAAAGAAAGGAAGGAGAAGGUGAUAAAGCAGUGGAAGGGACUGGCUGACUCUGAUGAUGAGAUGUGUGAAAGCCUGAAGAAGAUGAACACAAGUGACAAGCCAGGAAGUCCCCGUCUGCUCCGAGAGCUCAGGAUCAUGCUGCUGGGAUACAAAGGAGCUGGAAAGACGGCAGCUGGAAACACCAUCUUGGGCAGUGAAGCCUUCCACACCAGGCAGAGUGUUCAGAGUGUCAAGAAAGAGGCUCGGGUAGCAGGAAGACUCGUUACGGUGGUCAGAGCAUCCGACUGGCAGAAGGAGCAACUUCUGACAGACACUCCCGAACUGACUAAGCAAGAGAUUACGCUCGGUUUGUCUAUGUGUCCGCCAGGGCCUCAUGCUAUUCUUCUGGUUGUAAGUGUGAGAUUAAAAUUUACGGAGGCAAGCCGAAGAGCAAUGCAAGAACACCUGGAGCUUCUCAGCGAGAAGGUCUGGAGCCACUGUAUGGUACUAUUCACAUGUGAGCAUUGGUUGGGAGAUAUCACAGUUGAGCAGUACAUUGAGAGCGAAGGCAAGCCUCUCCAGUGGCUCACUGAGAGAUGUGGGAACAGGUACCAUGUGCUCAACUGUAAUGGCAAAGAUGAGUGCAGACAGGUGACAGAACUGCUAGAAAAGAUUGAUCAUAUGGUGUCCCGAAACAAUAGCGGCCAUUUUGAGCCAGACAGCAGAGAGGUGGAGAGCAGAUAAGAGAAGCAUGACAGUAGAAAAAGAGGCAGGACCUGCGAAUGAAAUUCAGACAAUAAUUGAUAACAGGGUCAUGGAAUUCUGAAUCAGACAAGAUGACUGAAACUAUGCCAAUCACAGUGACAAUAAUAUGACAUUUGAAGUGCUGCUAAUUUGAACAAAAUGUUUUAAAGCAAAAAACUUUUGAAUGUUUUUACAAACACUGUUUUACUACUAUAUGAGAUUUCUGUGAAAUAUAUAAUUUGUCUCACAUGACAGCCUGUUAGAAAUUCUGAUUGACAAUUGACACCACACACUACAAAAAAUAGGCAUUUUGUAUAAUUGAAUGAAUGUAUCUCAUUCUCCUUGUCUUUUUGUGCUAAUUUUGGUCCUGGUUAAUCGUGCGCAUACUUCAGUAUGACAGAAUUCCUACUAAAGUGUAAAUAUGCUAAAAACUGCAGUACUGAUAAAUAUCUUUGUAUUGCCUCCAAACGACAUACAUGACACAUAUUUAUGGAUGGCCUCCUUCAUUACAUACAGUGUACCUGUGAAAUCCAGUGUGCCAGAAUGCAAGCUCUAAAUUAUCUUUUUCUAUGCUGGAUGUUCCAGCCUGGUGUCUGACUUUAGAUUCAUAGCUAAUCUUUGCAUAUCUGGGGCAUGUUGGUAUAUUUGUUGCCAUUUACCUUCCCAUAUCUUGUGAUUAAAAACAUGCUAGAACAUCUCAAAAGA